GGGAUGACGGGUGCGUUUGAGAGCGAGGGCGUGCUGGUGGAAGUUUGAGCAGGUGGAGCAACUUGUAUGAGGAUUAAAGCGACAGACGAAUUUGAGUGGAAUGCUGCAGAAUGGAAUUGUACGAUAACCUUGCAUGAACCGUGUCCGUCCGUCAACAUGUGCCGAUGACUGCAAACUCACCAAAAAGAAAAACUCAUUUAUUCGCCAUCUAAACCGUGGAAAAAGCAAAACUAUGCAAUCCACCCGCACCCAAGCGAACAAAAAAAUCAGUUUUCUGCCACGCACGUGCAUGCAGAACCACACCCGAGAAACCAAAAAACCAAAAGCAAAAAAGCAAAAAAAAAAAGAUGACUUUGAUCGGUCUUAAGCGACGCAGACAAGAUUCGAACUUGCGCGGCCGAAGCCAUGUGAUAUCGGAGAUAGUGAAGCUGCUGCAAAUGAGCUGCGACACGAUUCGAGUCACACCCAUUAACCACUCUGGCACUGCGCCAAUUGAUGGAAUUGAGAUCCACCAACACAAACUAAGUAGUACGUAAUUUUGGUGGGUCGCAAAUGUGAGUUUGGC